CCUUUCAAUAGUUCACUUAGAAGCGGAAAACUUGAAAUUCGAUCACAAUGUUCCAAAAUGCUUCGUUCAGCUAAACCUCAACCUAAAACUAUUAUCAAUGAACAGCUUUAUUCAUUCAACCAGCUACCUAAUGAUGACGUUCGCUGCCAAGUGAAAAAUACAGUGAUGCCGAAGGUGGUCAACAAACAACUACGAGAACGGGUCAUGAUCGUGAAACCGCUGUUAACUCCUUCUACGCGGCGACGACGCUUCGCUCUGAGCGCCAACUCUGUAAUAGCACUUUUCUGGUUUUUAACAACCCCUCGAAAUUCUGUGUUACUUAUUGCUCACUAUGAUCCCUAUAGGAAUUACAAAGAUUUUAUCUCACAGUCGCUACAUUAUAUCCACUUAACUUACUACCCUCGCGAUACCUCAUGUUCAAGGAUGACAGCCAACAACGACACGAAUAGGAAAGAACAGGAUGAAACUAAACCACAAACUAAUGUGAUCUAUCCCAUAGAAGAUUUGUACGUAGAUGAUCCAAAGAAGAACACUAAAGCUUACCAAGUUAACUCCGAGAAGAUCACCAACAAGACGGACAAGAUAUCUGGUAAAGAUUUGUCAUUUGAGUUGGCCCCGAAGGAAAAAAAGAAAAAAAGUGAAGGCAGGUGGUCUCACUUUAAAGAGAUCUAUGCAUUCUCUGAUCGAACAGAUCUAAAGGUGGGUUCAUCGACUUGCUUGGUUGUUUGUGAAACCGUUUGCGCACGUGUUUUCUAA